UGCUGUGGUCGCGAGGGUGGCGCGGGAGGCGGCGGGCGGCGCGGCGUGGCGUGGCGUGGGCGGCCGCAGUGCGGACCUUGAGGAGAGAGAGGUGCGUGGCUGCUUCCUCCUACCUCCGCGGUGAGGGGCUGCUCUCGGUCCCGGGGCGGUGGUGGAGGCUCGCUGGUAUCCCUGGGCUUUCUCUCUGUCAGGCUGGGCACCCCCGGGGUGACCCUUGAGGUGGGUAGUCUGAGGGAGGUCGUGCUCCUCUCCUAGUCGGGCCUUUGGGUGCUGGGCUAGCUGGCGUGCUCCUAAAAGUGCGCUGGUGCGAGUGGAUUUUGUGGAUUUUGUGGAUUUUGUUGCUGUCUCUAGGCUCCUAUGAUGCCGCAGUUAAGGUCAGGGAAAGUGGUAACUGCCUGCGAGGUGAAGUCGGCUGACAGGAUGGUCACCAGCCCAAGCACUCUGGGUGCAGGGGUAGGAUGUGAGCCAGGGAAAAAGUUGGUAGUCAAGCAGAGUCGUCACCUGGCACCAAAGAGAAAACCUGAGCAGCCAGUAUCUUCCUGCGUGCAACCUGCCAUGCUCUUCAGUGUUUCUGGUGAGCAAUGUGCUCCUCUUGUGCCCAUGCAGAAGGAGCAAGGUGAGAGUAGCCAGAGACUCCCAGGUAAAAAAUCGAACGGGAUACAGUGCAGGAGGGCUGCCAGAAGCAACAAGGGUGUAGCUCUGCCAGUUUCAGACACUGCUGUAUGCGAAGAUUGGCAGGCAGCAACCAUGGCUGCAGCAGCAUCCUGGGAAGAGACUGUAAGGAGGGGGACAGGGCAAGGUCAACAGCUGUUUUUUUCAGGAAUUACUUUGCAAAAUAAAUUUGAAGCAGGGACUGAAAGGAAAGAAUGUAGCUCAGAAGGAUUGAACCUCUCAGGUUUCCAGGAGAGUUCAGAGAUCUCAGGAAAAAAAGGCAAAUAUUCCUUUAUGGAAAUAAAAUCACAAAUCCCAUCCUUGGAAGAGGAAAUUGAGAGCACAGAGAGACAUGGCAUUUCCUAUUUGCCAGAACCAGAGGUGCUGCAACCCAGAAAGGGCACAUGUAGUACUGAAAUGAAAAGCAUUGACUCCAUACUGGAGAUGCAAAUCCCAGGUCUUAAGAAUUUGGGGACUCAGGAAUCCUUUUCUGAACCAAAACCUCAGGGAGAGGUAGAUAAGCCAGAGAAGUUGGAUGGGUGUUCUUUAAUUGGAUCAAGAAAGCCCGGGACACAGGAGAAAAGAAAGAGGUGCUUGAGCAAGAAGGGUCAGACACCUUUGAUGAAACCAAAACUACAAGGUCCCAGAGGGAGGGGUAGAUCUGCCUUGCUAGAACUGCACACACAGUGUCCAGAGUCCAGGAAGGGAGCUGUGAGUCUGAGGAAGAGGGACAGAAACGCACUGGUGUCAUGGCGGCUACAGGGUCUAAGUGGCCAAGAACAGUCAACAGCCAGAGGAAAUAUGCACAAGCACUGCAUGAAAGAAGAGCAGCAGAGCUCAAACCCUCAGAAGGGAGCGCACAGCUUGGGGGAAAGUGCAACGGAAAAAUGGAAAGCAAUUGAGCAAGACUCUGGUGCACUUCACAAGGCUGCGAAGAAGCUUAAGAUAAAUCGAAACAGAUCAGAAGAUUCCAAGGAAGAGGAACCUCACUACUCUAAAUCUUCUACUUUAGGUGGGACUCAGAGCAAGAGCUUUCUAUGUCAUCCUGUAACAAAAAAGUCUGGUGUGCAGUAUAAAAAAAGGAAACACAGAAUUGAUCAAAUCAAAUGCUUGCAAAGUUUUAGUGUGGCUGCAGCUGAAAAAGUGAGAAAUGUAUCUCCAAAAUGUGAUGCUGAACAUUGCAGAAAUGACCUAAACCAUUGUAACAGCCUGCUCUGUGCAACAGAAAAGAAUCCAUUUGUGAGAUUAGAGGCCUGUAGUUACAUCAAUACCUAUGUGAAGUCUUCAGUUAGUGGAACUACCAGCAGUUAUAAAUUAAAUGGAUUCUUCCAUGUAGCCCAGGAUAAAAGAAAGCAUGUUUUUCCUGGUGGUACUGUAGAACAGAGUGAUAUGGAUUGCAGCAUUAGCAGAAUGCAAAAUGAGAGAUCACCCAUAAAAGGUGAUUUAUUGUUUAAUAAAGAAAAAACUCAAAAUGGAGAAGGGUGUUUUUCAUGCUGUCAGAGUGAAAACAGUAAGUGUGUAAGGGGAAAAAAGUGGAAUAGUGGUAGAAAGCCUAGAAAAAAGAUGAAAAUCACUGAGAAAUCGGCAGUGCAGAAUAUGUUCACAGGCAUGGCUAAUGAAUGCAGUGGGUGUGAGUUACAAACAGAAGCGGCAGUUGUCAUGUCAAGCUCCUUUGCAGUCUUAGGACUAAAUGAUAAAGAAAUUACUCUGUCACCCUCAUGUGAUCAUACAUCAAAUUUUCAUAUAGGAAAAAACAGUCAUGAAGCAGAAAAUGUAUCAGCCUGGAGAAAAAACAGUACCAAAUUGCUUCAAUUUGAAGAUGGCUUUAAGACGACAUCUGAGCUCCCUGUAAUAGCAAAAGGAGAAGAUUCAAAUAGUGUGGCACAUCAUUCUGCUGCCUCAGGUAGCCCAAGAGUGCUAGCUCAGAUCCAUGGUGAUUUUAAUUGCCACAAAAACAAGACAGAUGAAAAAUUGAACAAAGUUAAUAAGAAAUUGCAGCAGUUCACCUGUCAAAGAACAGUACCUAUGACCGGUAAAAAUGUUUGGCCUUUUGAAUCUUGUGCCAGGACUUCUGAAUGGGUUCAUAAAAAUCAUGGGUCCAUCUCAGAAGGAAAAAGAAUUCUAAGGGUUGCCUUUGAGGAAUCCUUGGAUAAAAGCAGUGUUAAAGCUGUGGGAAACAGUGCUGUGCCUGGGAAUUUGAGACAGUUGGAUUUGCAUAUGUCAUCAGCAGAAAUUAACAAAGAAUUUACACAUAAAAUUAUAGAUCUAAACACUGAAUGUCUGGCUCCACUUGAAACAACAGAAUCCUCUUCCAUGGAUAUUUAUGAGACUUUGAGAAUGAGCAAUGAAAAUGAGGAAUCACCAAUUAAUAUGGAUAGAAGUACCGUGGCUUUUAGCCAUGAUGAUGUGCGAGAAGUUAAAGCAAACUUGAGUUUAACAACAACAAAAAAAGAUAAAGGGGCUGUAACAAAAAGAAACCUGUCUGUGACAGUCCAGAAUGGUACACCUACAGGUAACAGAAACAGAAUAAACCUUAGUCGUAAAGUACCUGUAGUGAAACAGACGGUUUCUGAUUUAAAGCCAAUUAAAGUAUUAAACACUGGAAACCUGACAAAAUUCAAAAUUCCUUUAUGCAGAAACAAACCUGAAUCCAGGAAAUUAGAAUCUGUCUGUUCAUUUGAAAGAAAAACCUGUAGUCCACUCAGGCUUCUUAACAGCACUAGUGCUUCAAGAAGGCAGAAAACAGGUGAAGAAACUUUUUUUGUAAAGUCCGAGCAGCAGCCUCUUCCUGUCACAAGAGACACCACGUCUACAGCUUCCAUGAGGGAAAAAGAGGCAGAGAUCAACAGUAAGGACUUUCAGUGUGAUGGCUCUCAAAACCUUUCAAACGAGAUGUCUGCAUUCCCUGAACAUUUUUCUUUAUAUCCUUUUCUUGAUGGACAAUUAGAGUCAUCUGUGCCUGAUUUCAGCGGUACUGAAUGUGUAUUAAAAUCUAAUUUUCCUGAUCGUUCUUGGAAUGCAGUUGACCACCCUGUUGCAUUAGAAAUAAAUGAUGACAGCAAAUCGAGAGGGAAUCUUUCACAACACAAAAAUCAAAAUUUUCCAGAUAUUCUUGAAGCUUACAAAGAAGACAUUCUUGUCAUUGAUGUGGUUCAGGAUGACCCUGACCUUUUUGGAACCAGUAAUGAAGAGAAGCUUGCACUUGCAGACUGUGAAAAUUUUCCUGUGAAGGCAUCCUAUACUAGCAUCUGCAUUAAAGACAAAAAGCAGGAUCUUAAGCCCGAGUAUCCUGUUAUCUCAGAAAAUAGUGAUUCAGUUAAUGAUAAUGUUAGACACAUUGCUGUAAAAGAAUCUGGAAUGUCAAAUGAUUCUGAAAAUUCCUGUGAUGGACUGCUAAAAGCUAAAGGUAUUAAAACCCGCAACUGCUCCAAAGGAAGGAGUCCUUUGGGAGGUGUUACUGAGGAAUUUUUUGAAGAUGGGCAACUGAGAGAACUAGAUAAACUUUUGAAGAGUUUUGACGUGGAUGACAAGUUCAGGUUUGCAGAUGGAGUGCCUGGUGUUAAAAAAGAAAAAAAGGGUGAAGCUGAAAAAAGUUACUGUAAACACAAAGAUCUUGUGAACUGUGAAUUGCUGUCAGGAUUGCCAUUAGAUGCGCCAAAAGUAAAUGUCCUCAGUGAAGCUACGGUGAUGAAACCCCAGACAAAUGAUUACAGAUUUUCAAGAAAAAGUCCUUUACUGCCAUUGCAAAAUUAUGGAGAUUUUGAGCCAUGGAAGAUGGAAAAAAAUGCAAUUGCUUCUCAUUCAGUCCAGCGGAUCCUCGAGAUGAUUGAGUUGCCCCGUAAAUAUUGCAGAUUUUAUUUCAUGACUUUGCGUGGGUGUGAAAGAGCAAAAUGUUGGUUUUGGCAUGUUCCAGAACAAGGGGAUGAAAAGAUUUGCAUGGCAAUACUUAGGACGUACAUUAGUUUAGAAGAAUCAGGCCUUCUAAAACGUGCAGUCAAAAUAUUUGUGAAAUAUUACAGAGAAGUUAUUCCUGGUGCCGAUUUUGCUUCUCAAGUGCUGAAUGAUCUUCUCAUUUCUUUGCUUAAGAACUGUUUGUUGCGGGAAGUAUUUCAGAUAUUGAAUGUAACUGUACAAAUCAAUACACUGCCAGCUGUAGAUGUUCUUCUGAAAGUUUUUGAGCAUGUGGCUUCUUUGAAUAUAAGAGACGCUGUGCCUACAUUAAUCAGUACCUUUUGUAAGCUCAUUGAUGCUGGUAUGUUCCUUGAGUUUGAACAUUUUGACUAUAUUAUUAAGUUCCUCCACCAACUGCAAGUUUCCAGUCAGGAAAUAAAUACUGUUCUGGACAUAAAAUCCAGAAGGUUUCAGGAAAGACAUUUUGAAAAGAACUGGCUUUUUGACUUCAACUUGGCAGUGGCUGAAAUUCAGCAUUGUAAGGAAAAAAGUGAUUGGAGUAAGCUGGGAGCUUUGUAUGUUAAUGCGAGAACUGGAUGUGAACAUUUUGAUGAUCUUCAGAAAUUGUCUUUAUGUAUUGCUGAAAUACUAACCAGAGAUUCUGAGACAGACAGACCAGGAGUUCCUUUUUGUGAUUUUGCUGAUGCAGUAAUAAAAAAAUCACAACAUAAUGAAAACGACAGAAUUUUCAUUGGGAGGACUGGGAUAAGUGUAAUGUAUUCUUAUCACAGAGUACUGCAGUGGAUAAAGGGAAGGAAGGUUUUGGAUAAAUUGCAUGAGCUACAGAUACAUUUUACAGUCUUGAAAGGACUUACAGGUACAGAGAGGUUAGCAUCAAGAUGUCAAAUUGUUAAUAUAGCUGCAGAAAUUUUCCUUAAAACUGGAAGUUUGGAUGGAGCGACAUGGGUUUUGAGAGAGUCAGAGUGGACCACAAAUGCACCACUGUGGCCCUGUGAUAAAAUGGACAUCCUCAAUCGACAUAAUCUGUUAUAUACACUAGUGGACAAAUACUUGAGGAAGAGUUUAUACAGGCAGGCAUUUGAAGUUCUGCAGAACUUACCAGGUUUUCAUAAUCAUUCUGAUACUGUAGAUGUUUCUCAGUACAGCUGCCUCUUUAACAAGCUGAUAAAUGCCUGUUUUGAGAGCAAGAACCUUGGGGUCUCAUCUUCUGCAGUAGACUUCAUGCUUUCAAAAAACAUAGCUAUUGAUUUUUUUUUACUUAGAGGAUUAAUCACAGCUUUGGGAAGAAGUUCUCUGUGGUCUAAAGCUAGGACCUAUUACAAAAGUGCUUUAUCAUUGGGUUGCUACCCACCACUGCAAGGAAAUUUAUAUCACAAACUUUUGACGAUUCCGUCUUACCUGUCUGAGGUUGAGAUGCUGUUGGCCAUUGAAAUAUUUCUUGUUUCAAAUGCCAGUGAUAUUCAAAGUCCAAUGGCUACUAGUCAGACUCUUCAAAUAAUACUGAAAAGAUGUGAAGAUCAGACAGUUCAGAAUAACAGUGACUAUCAAGCGGCAGUGGAGAGGCUUAUCCUGGCUGCUCGUGUGUCUGAUCCAAAGCUUUUUCUUAAGCAUAUGACAAUGAAUGUUAAUAUGGAAGAAGUUUACAGCUUGGAGCUUGCAUCUGCUCUAAAAUGGCUUCAGGAGAAUAUGAAAUGGGCUGGGAAGGUCUGGCUGUUUCAGUAGUCAUUAAAUAGUAAAGACUUUUUGGUUUUUAAUGCUUAAAGCAAUCAUUGUUGAAAAUAAUACAAAUUAAUAAAGGCAGUUCCCACUGUGUUCAGACUGUGCCUUACUGAUUUACAGCAAGGCUUCAAAUUCAAGUUGUGUUUUUAAAUACUUAUAUAGAUGAUAAUACAGAUAGUAGCAUGGAAAGAGUAAUUUUUUCCCUCACUAUGUAGAUUGUCACACUGACUUACAUAGAUGUUUUGUAAUGGCACCAUUGGAUAGUGAGGAAGCUGCAGCCGCAGAACCUACAUUCUCCUUUUUUUAUGGAGAAUCUAGCACGAACUGUUACUCUUCUCCCAGAAGGUGACAGAUUAUAAGUGCAUUGAUUGAGUGUAUCUGCUGUUUUUGAGUGAGACAUUUUCCACAUUGCUUCAUAGUCUGUAGAAGUAAUAGAUGUUUCCUUUUGCCUUCCUCACAGUAUCUUGUGAGCAUGUUGUCCCAUCUGUGUGCCCCUUAGAUCUUUAUUUCCUUACUCCAAAAACCCAGUAAAAAGCACUGAGAAUAAAAUAACUUCAAAAUCACUUGAGACAUGCCUAACGUAGGAUGCCUUUCUUUACAGAAGAGAGAGAGGCUACACAAGUUGAUUACAGCUGAAGUUCUUGAUAAUAACUUAUAUAUGGCUUCACAUUUGUAUGUUUGCAACUUCCACUGAAAAGGAGAACUUGCUUUCUCCCUUGAUUGUGCUCUUAGAGGGAAGUGGUUUUGGCCAGAUUUCAGUUUCUGCCAACUGUACGAUGAGAUGGAGGCUUCUAGCAAGCAUUUUCUAGCAUUCCUGGUUCUUCAGGAAUUCUUUUUUCCACCCAAAAAUCCUAAAUCAGAUUCGGAGCACAAAUUGCUCAAGUCACACUUCAUCUACUGAUCUGUAGCCUGAAGUGAGAACCACCAAACAUUUUGUAUCAGAAAACUCCUGUGGCAUAUUAGUGGGACCUCUGUCAAAGUUGGUACUUGCCUGAGCUCCCCGCUUCUGUAGUGUUAGUUUAGAUCUCCAGUAUCAACCUUCACAAACAUACCAGUAAUACAGCUCUUUUAGUCAUGAUCUCCAUCCCCUUUAGGGCUUUUUCUGCUGAAAAUCUCUGCUGUCUUGGAGAUAGACAUUAAUUUUUUUUUAGGGCUGUUCCAUCAUAACUGAGAUCAAGAUGGUGGUGUAAGCCCUCUGUGUUUGAAGAAUCUUUCCCUUCGUUGGAGCAGCAUGAAGUCUCUUCCCAGUUCCAGCAGCAUUAAUGCAGGUGUCCUUUGCACCCCAUGAAAGGCAUCAUGAUCUUACUGCUGGAUGAUUUUGGAAGGAUGUCGGUGGUUUUUUGCUUGGGGGGUUGCCACUCUAGUCUUGAGGUUCAUGCCAUUAAUCUGAUGUCAUUAACCUGAUCGACAGUUGUUAGAUUCCUGACCCUUUUCAGGGUCCUGACCCUUUUCGAUACCACUGCUCAUCCAGUCUGUCUGGGAGUUGCUACUGGAAGAGAGGGAAUUGAACCUGAUGACUGCCAAGAUGGCUGCCUUCUUCCUGUGCUGCCUGUACAGAAACCUGCAAGGAUAGGGGCUCUUGUGUUUUCACAGGGUACCAGUCUUCUGUAGGGAUCUCAUCUGCUUUCCUUCUAAAAAAUGGUAGAUUCAGUACUAUGAAAUGGCAUUUCUUUAAAAGCCCUUUACCUCAAAUUUUCUCUUGAGGAACAGCUGGCACUCGUUCAAACAGACUUUGGGUUCCACCACUUGGUAUUCACCAAGAUGGCUCUGCCAUUUGUAAGGCUAUCCACCUGGUCACAUCCAGUAGCAUUCUGCUGCUUUUGUUUCCCAGUAGCCGAAAGACUGGAUAUGAAGCGAUCAGGUUUCAGGUGAGGGAUCUAAACCAAUGUUCUUCCAGCCACUCCAGCAUUAAUGGCAAGAGCAAUUUUGGAAGGUUUUGUCAAACUAAAACUGGCAGUAAGAAACUAAGUCACUCUUGCUAAUUACUUCUUGUAAGAUUCUUUGUAGCUUAAUCUCCCUCGGAAUUAGAGGCUAUCUGAACCUCAGCUAAAUCCCACAUUCCUGUAAGCAGUACCAGAUGUGGCUAAUACUGUGUUUGAGAGACACAGGAGGACAAAACUCUCUUAAUAAUCUGUACGGCUUCAAAGCUUGGGAUGUUCUAUAGAGAGCAUUAUUUUUUCCAUUAUCAGCAACCUUGAAUUUUCACUUAGAACAUCCCCAGAAGAAAAUUCCAAAUGUUGCUUUAUUUUUCAGAGGUUAAUCAUUGACCUUCUAGCUUAACUUGGAACUGUGUAAAAUUUGUGCAGUGUUUUGGUUCCAUCCCCCAUCAUCUUCAGCUGACAGGACACAAUCUGGUCAUGUUUUAUAUUAACAAGCAAAGCAAGCUCCCCACAUCAUUGCUCAGAAGUUUUGUUACAACUGGUGCGUCCGGUGUUUCUGUCGAUAAGAGAGUUUCUCCCUGUCACCAUGAUAAACACGUAGGCAAUUAAAACAACCUUUCUGUUAAGUCCCAUAUUACAUUUUUGUACUGUCUGGGUCCGCUUGAAAUACCAUACAAAUUUGGUCAUUUUGAUGUGCAUCAAAAUGCCAGAAAGGUUUGUUGAGCAACAUUUUCAGUAUUGUUUUGGUGACAGAAAUUCCACGUCAGGAAUUCCAAACAGGAUGAAACUCCAAUGUGGAAUGGAAACGAGCCUCCAAAGACGGAAAAAAAUUCCAAAGAAACAGAGACAAUGCAGUUCUGCAGAGCCAGCCUCUUGGUAGACAAUAUCCAUAUUUUUGCUUUUCUCCAGGUAGAAGUUAGUGUUUCUUAGUAGCUGAAAGAACUUAUGUGUUUUCAGAUUAAGCAACUCAUUUGAUAUACUUCCUAAAUGAAAAAUUAAAUAAUAAAAUGUAUGCUUACCUGUUUGCGGACAGAGACAGAAAAAUGUGCAAAAAAAACCUUUCCUGUGCUGCGCUCAGAAGCUUGGUCUAGACAAUGCUGUGCUCCUCCAGUGUGUUGUUAGAUGCAGGAGAAAUUCCCUUCCUGAAAAUCUUUCUUUAGUUUUCACUGAUUACAAGGUUUGCUCUUGGAAAGGUUACUUUUGUUAGGUACGGAGAGUUUCUUGUAACUAAAAACAGAAUAAUGUUGUUUGGAAGACUUACCACAAUUAUAUUUCAAAGCAUUGAUAGUUUUGAGAGUUUCUUAACCCACAUCGGGGAUGGAGAUGAGAAGCUGGAAAUAGAAGCUUGAUAGUUCUGUGUUGUUUUAUAAAGAGCAAAUGGGGGGAUCAU